AAAAGCCUCUUCAUUCAUGACCCUUUUGUUAAAAAAAAAAAAAAAAGUGAUGUUAAUGUUCAGAAGAGUCCAAAGAACAAAAAUUGUGCACAAAUUAACGAUAUAUCAGGGCACUUUCAUCCCAGAACUUGGCAUGUAAUUGACGCCUUCAUUGUCGAACAUCAAUCUUCAUAUGGAUUAAUGGCCAAAUUGAUCUUGUUUUAAAGCAUUUUGGGAAAUCAUAAAUACUAAUGAGCCCGGGGGUACCGGGGAGGGAGGGCCACAGUCCACAGAGACAGUCCGUUUGAUGAAUUACCAGGGCAAGGAUGUGGUACUUUGGGUUAUUUGCUGUUAGUCGAUCGCUUUCAGAGUCACCGGUUGCUCGCCUGCUUUGACAGAAUCAAUGGCCCCAGAAACGCCGCUCUUUCUCCGUUCACGAGGAGGUCCCGGUGCUGUGGUUUUCAGUCACCGAGUCUGAAAAUCUCUUCUUUGCUUUGACUACGUAACUUGGCGGAUUUACGGGAAACGGUGGUUCUGAGCGCCUGAGCCGGAGGUCCCUCUCCUUUGUGCAGUGCGUUUCGUCUUCUUCCGUCAAGGUUUACUGCGUCAAAGUGCAGUGUCAGCGACUAAGACGAGCAGUUUGGAAUCGGAUCUGAUGGUGGCAGUUUCAGACAUACUCGUCCUUUGAGGGAUGUCCGCGCACCGGAGCGCCGCCCCCCGGCUCCUCUUGCCUCCUCCACCUGCCGGACGUACGAGAGGCUCUCAGCCAGCAGCGCGGUCCACGCGGGCUGCAGCAACCUGUCCAAGUUCCCUAACCAGCACCGCAACGCGGUAUCGAAACCCCGACACUUAACAUCCAUAUUCUGCAACUCUUUGACUUUUUUUUUUUUUUUUACAUGUAUCGACUGCUUCGCUUUUGCUAAUCCGCCUAUGCGAUGGACUGUGUGAUCCAGGUGAAAAAUUAACAUCAAAGCCGCGAGCGCAUCAAGGAUCAAGGAGUACGGUUUCAAAAGGGAAUCUAUAAAGAGAGUCAUUAGCAUAUGUCAAGAGCAUAUUUACAUAUGCGAUGUAUAUAAACGGGAGCAGAAUCUGAGCUGUGCAUCUCACUGGCCGGGACAUCCCGCGGGACUGCAGCAGGGGAUACCGGCUCCACGGACAGCUGGCAUGCGCUAGGAAGCGGCUCUCAUCCGUCACGACGCCUUUUGACGACCUACGAGACUUCACUUGCUGCAACUUUCCCUGUUUGCCAUGGCUGCCGUAGCCGAAGUGGGGAGCUUCUUCCCCGGCUUAGAUGGCUUCGCUCAGGGGUCCCACUUCGCGAUGACGCCGGCCACGGGAAGCGCGUCCCUGCUAAGCCAUCACCUGGUCCCGGCGGAGAGGCUGUCCAGGAGUGCCCCCGCAGACCUCACGCACCUGAAAGGCAUCCUCCGGCGGAGGCAGCUCUACUGCAGGACUGGUUUUCAUCUGGAAAUUCUACCCGAUGGUACCGUGCAGGGGACGAGGAAAGACCACAGCCGAUUCGGUAUCCUGGAGUUCAUCAGUCUGGCCGUGGGCAUGGUGAGCAUGCGCGGGGUGGACAGCGGCUUGUACUUGGCCAUGAACGAGCGGGGAGAGCUCUACGGAUCCGAAAAACUUACUGCCGAGUGUGUCUUCAGGGAGCAGUUUGAGGAGAACUGGUACAACACGUACUCCUCCAACAUCUACAAGCAUGGAGACAAGGGUCCUCACUAUUUUGUGGCUUUGAACAAAGAUGGUACGUCGCGGGACGGUGCCAGAUCCAGGCGGCACCAGCGCUUCACGCACUUUUUGCCGCGGCCCGUGGACCCAGAUCGGGUGCCGCAGUUGUACAGUGAGGUUCUGGGUCCCAGUUGAAGUAUCGCCAGCAGCACUGGAAUUUUCGAGACUCUUCUGGAACGUUCCCACAUUUUCGUUUUUGUAGAUCAUCUGAUGGCAGUGGCGGGCAAUGAUCGGGGUGGUAGGGCUCUGUGGUAAGGGUACCAGCGUGGGGAAUUCUGACCUGCGCACCAUGUUGGCUGGUGACACAUGAAUGUUUCGGACCCCCCUUAAGGCUAGGGUUCACUCACAUGGGAAGAGGAGGAAGAGGAGGACCCACCCAGCUGUCCUCAUUCAAUUCCUUUAGUCCGGGAAACUGAGUGGAGUGGAGUUUUUCACGGAGGUAUUCGACUGAAGGGUCUGCCUUGAGAGACUGAGCAAAGGACUCUGGGAAAUCUCCCUGAGAGAGCACAUUGCAGCUGGUACCAUUUCAAAUGACUUUAUUUAUGCAUUUUUGACAUAUAUUUAUUUUAGAUCAUUAUUUAUUUGAGAAUAUAUUUUUCACUGGUAAAUAUUCUAUAUAAAAAGUAGGUCAGUUUUGGGACACCGUCUCCAUGGGUGUCAGAGAGGUGGAGACCUUGUUUGGUCUUGCUGGAGGCAGUAUUUUCUAAAUGAUCCCUUGCAUUUCAAACUGUGUUACUGUGCCACCUCCACUGUGUGAGGACCAGCCUGGCUUGCUGCUUUCUAGGUGUUGUGAGAAGUGCAGGACACUGACUGUGGAAUAAAACCAUUUCAGCAAA